UUUUUCCUCUCUCAGAGGGUCUGCCUGAACUGCUGUGGCUGAAAGGUCGAGCCCCUCGACUCAUACUGAAAGCAGAGCUGCAAGCAAGCUGAGAAACACGAGCCAUGGCUGUGGCCGGGUGUCCGGAUUAUUUCCUGCAUCAUCCAAAUUAUCAGCAAGACAAUAUAGACCGGUCCUCCAGUCACAGACAGGCCGACCUCAUUGGGCCAAGUUUCCAGCAAUCAGCCAAUCAGAGCUCUCCUAACCAUCAAGAGGAUGACGUGGACUUAGAGGCCCUGGUGAAUGACAUGAACUCCUCGCUGGAGAGCCUGUACUCGUCCUGCAGCGGUCAGCAGAAUGAGUCCACCCCGCUCCUCCACAACGGACAGACCUCAUCGUCACACCACCACCACCACCACCUCCUCCAUCAUCACCACCAACACCACAACCACACGCAGCACAGCCAGCCACGGCAGGGUCUCCACGCACACGCGUUAAGCCACGUCUCUCCAGAGCCUCCCUCCUCCGCCUUGUCUGCGGAUUCGCCGCAAACCAGCCUCAGGCGGUCUCAGCCCAUGCACAUCCUCGCUGUCCGGAGGCUGCAGGAGGAGGAGCAGCAGCUGAGGACAUCGUCUCUCCCGGCCAUCCCCAAUCCCUUUCCCGAGCUCUGCAGUCCAGCCAGCUCACCUGUCCUCAGUCCUGGUUCUCUACCUCCUGAAGAGUCCUCUUCAGGCAAAUAUAUUGUGAAGAUUUUCAGUGAAGACGGCAUGGGCAAAGUUGUGGAGAUCCCGGCCGACAUGACCGCCAGGGACCUGUGCCAGCUCCUGGUUUAUAAAAGCCAUUGUGUGGAUGACAACAGUUGGGCACUUGUUGAACACCACCCGCUGCUAGGACUAGAGCGUUGUCUAGAAGAUCACGAGCUGGUGGUUCAGGUUCAAGCCUCCAUGAACAGCGACAGUAGAUUCCUCUUCAGGAAGAACUAUGCCAAAUAUGAGUUCUUCAGAAACCCCCUGACGUUUUUCCCAGAGCACAUGGUCGCUUGGUGCCAGGAAGCCAAUCACACCAUCCCGCCGUCUCAGCUCCUGCAGAACUUCCUCGCCACCAGCAGCUGUCCGGAAAUCCAGGGGCAUCUGUACAUGAAGGACGUGGGCAGGAAGUCGUGGAAAAAAGUUUACAUGUUCCUGCGGCGCUCGGGACUCUACUGUUCUACAAAAGGAACCUCAAAGGAGCCCAGACAUCUACAGCUACUAGCAGACCUCGAGGACAGCAACAUCUUCAUGGUCAUCACAGGCAAAAAGCAGCACGGUGCACCCACCGAGUACGAAUUCUGUAUCAAGCCCAAUAAAGGACGGGGGGAGAUGAAGGAGUUGAGGAUGCUGUGUGCCGAGGACGAGCAAAGCAGGACCUGCUGGAUGACCGCCUUCCGACUCUUUAAGUAUGGGAUUGUAUUGUACCAGAAUUAUAAGAUUCCUCAACAAAGAAAAACCUUACUGUCACACUUUUCAACUCCUGUGCGGAGUGUGUCGGAGAACUCCCUCGUGGCAAUGGAUUUCUCAGGGAGAAUAGGCAGGGUGAUUGAAAACCCCGUCGAAGCUCAGAGCGCUGCCAUGGAGGAGGGCCUGGCCUGGCGGAAGAGGAGUCAACGAAUGACCAUAUUAGGUUCCCACAGUCCGCUGCACCACUCCUCACUAAACUCAGUCAUCCACAUAACUCAGCUGUGGUUCCAUGGCAGGAUAACCAGAGAGGAGUCCCAUCGCAUUAUCCAGCAGCAGGGACAAGUAGAUGGUUUGUUCCUCCUGAGAGUCAGUCAGAGUAACCCCAAGGCAUUUGUGCUCACGUUGUGCCAUCACCAGAAAAUCAAACAUUUCCAGAUACUACCGUGUGAAGAGGACGGACAGAUCUUCUUCAGCCUUGAUGAUGGCGCCACCAAAUUCACUGACCUGAUUCAGCUGGUGGAGUUUUACCAGCUAAACCGAGGAGUGCUGCCUUGUAAACUCAAACACCCGUGCACCGUCGUGGCCUUAUGACACCUCCGGAUCAUGUGACCCUGUGACCCCCUAACACUUGACCUGACUGCCUAAAACCAACAAAAGGAAUCUCUCUCCGUUGGAUGGUUCUUUUUGUGUUGUUUUUUUGUUUUUGUUUUUUGUCUUUUUAAGAAGCUGGUGAAUUGACUGAUGUUUUGUUGUUGUUCUCUCUUACUUUUUUUUUCUUUUUUUUUUUUUAACUGUUGUGAGUCUGCUGGAGACCGCUGACUUGUUUGUAUCUUCGGACUUGCAUGGAUGUUCGUGGAGUCGGAUGCACAACAGCUCACAAGUUUCCUCAUCCGGGAGAAGAAAAAAGAAGUGAACACUGCCAUUUGUGUCAACGCUGUCGGAAACUCUUUCACAAUCCCGCGCUCUAUAGUCAUCGAUAAGCAUGGCCCCUCCGGAUUCUGUCACACGGUCAAAUGAAGACGGUCUCUGCUUAACUGGACAAUCGGUGGUGCAAUUCAAGCGUGUGUGUGUGUGUGUGUGUGUGUGUGUGUGUGUGUGUGUGGACCGCUCUGCUUUCUGUGAACAAACUCAGUCAGAUGUUUCAGUCACACAUCCUCGGAGGCGGAGAGGGGUUCGUCUCACAAACGUUGCGCUCAGGCGAGUGGGUGCGCCCUUUGUUGAUGAGUGACCUCUCCGCCACGUAUCUGUGAGAGACCUCUACUGCCCUCUAGUGUCAGAAGAGUGCAUGGACAUGUCUGACUACAACACGGAUGAGAUUCAAAUGCACCGAAAAGGUUGGAUUUUUAAUCCUUUUGAGGUCUCGGGACAAAAACAAAAAGGCAAAUCUGGAUUUAUUUUAUUUUUUAAGUUUUUUGGGGAGUAUUUUAAUCUUCUACCACACAGGAUUUAUUUUCUUGUUGCACCUUUGGGUGCUGUUAUGUAUUGUUUGGCAGUUCUGUUGUUUUGUCCACAUUGUGCAUUUUAAGUAUUUGCUAUUUUUAAUCCUUCAAAUAAGCUACAAAAAAGGUCAUUCUGUACUUGUUACUCUGUCGCUCACUGCAGUUUUUAAUGUCAACCUUAUUCAAAUGCCACAAAAACAAACAAACCGAAAGAAUGGAAUCCAAAAGUUUGUGCACCAUUCAGGGUAAAAUGUGCUCGGUGAUCAAAAUUGUUGAUCCAGUGUAGAAAAUUAGCAAAAGGAAUAGCUGAUACAGGCUGGGACUACUGAGUAUAUUGGUUUUCAUGGCCGAGUCACCGUGUUGAGGCACAGAAGGAUAACCACUAGCUUUUCCUUCAGGAGGUUUAUCUGCCGGGACAGCUGUCGUCAAAGGAAGCAAUGCUGUUUAGUGUCUGUCGUACAAAACCGCCGUGGCCCUGAGAUUAAACAGUAGUCGAAGGUCUUGUCUCAGAUGUUCCUCGACUUAUCUUUGAACUAUUGUAAAUCGCUGAUAUGAUGUCUGAUAUACUUGUGACACGAUGAAUGACCCGGUGUGCUCCGGCUGAAACGGCAAACUGUGUGCGUUACAUUCCAAAGGCAGUCCUGUCCGUCAGCGUUCCCCACCGGUUUUCUGAAGCUUCCCUUUGUGCACAGGUGAGGAGUUACAGCUCUAAUUCAGAUGCACUCCCCGUUUAAUCAGGUGUGCAAGUUUCUUCCCGAUGUUUUCCUGAAGUGUCGUCACGCUGGUUUCAUAUUUCCAGAACAAUCAGUUCCAGAACAAACAUUUUUCUCUAAUUCUUCCCAGAAAUAUCUCACUUUUUUUUUUUUGCUUUUCAUUUUCUGUUUCACAUUCAGAGCCUGGAAUAGAAACCAGAUUAUUUCAACACAUGUGAAACACACGCGAAACAAAUUUUUAAUUGCCAACCCAGUGCUUUCGAACCUACAAUAUAAAAAACAAAAGCUAUUGUAAUUUUUAAACCGUUAAUACACCUUUCACGUUAAAAGUGUGAAGUAGUAAAAUCAUAAGAACUGAGCUCAGUCACCUGUGUGUAAAGAGAAAGCGUCGAGACAAGAGCGAACUGCCACUACAGUGUUGAUAAAAAUGUUGCACAGGGACAAAUCUUGAUGUCCUUCCUUCCUGAAGAGAGAUUAAGAAGGAAGAAAGGUGUCAAGAUGAUUCUCUGUACACAUUUUAUCAACACCGUAGUAGCAGUUGACCUGUGUGUAAAGAGAAAUCGUACACACAAGAGUGAGCGACUCCCGUAUCGAGAACAUGUACAGAGAAAAAUCUUGAUGUCCUUCUUCUUAGACCCACCAGGGACACCAGAAAACUGGAACAGCUGAGAACACAAACACACCUUUGUUCCUUCAUUUGCAGUUUUGAGUGAGAGCAAUGAAAACAGGCAGCAAGCUAACAGAUGUGACCUUUGUCCUAGACAAUGCAGUUUGAGUAUCAAUCUAAAGUUUUAUUACACACGUGUAGAAAACGGAGGCGGAGGCUUUAAGUGCAGUAUCUCUGUACGGACUGGAAUUUGUCUUUGAAUAAGAAGGGACGCUGUUUUACUCACGGAUGUUAGUCGAUGCUUGGUUGGAUUUUUCUUUUCCUUGUUUGCCACCUCACACAAACCUACAGUGAAUUAGGCUCAGGGUCGCCUCCUUCAGCACAAACAGCAGAUUUGUUUUUAUUAUUUUUUUUUUUUUUACUUAAUUUUUGUGCUUUUUCCACAUGUACACCUGAAAUUUCUCUUAGGAGUAGCUUUGUUUGGUGUGCAUAUGUGCAUCAGCGGGGUUGUCUCAAAACAUCCGAGAUGCAGAAUAAGCGGCACUAUUUUGACACUCUGUGCGUGGUCACCAUUAUUUAUCUGAGAUGCAAUGACUCUUUUUUUUUGUUUGUUUGUUUUUAUUGUUGCAGCAAAAUGUAUUUAUUUAUCUGGAUGAGACUGAUUACUUGAAAAUUUUAGAUUUCUUUUUUUCCUGCGCUGUUCUGUAUUGGUUUAUUUUUUUCUUUUGUCAUGACCAUGAAAUGAUUGACCAGUGUGAUAAUGAUUAUAAUUCUAAUGGCAUAGCCUUUAUUGAUUUUUUUUUUCUUUUUGGUAUAGUUUUGAUUAUUCCAAAAUAAUUUCGUCAUCAUCCAACAUAUAUCAUGAAGUGAUGUUUAAAACUCACUGGUAGUUUGAACUCUGUCAUUCCAGUAGUUGACAAAUGGAAUGUUGUGAAAUUGAAAUCAGAAAAUACCAGUUUCCCAAACCAAUAUUAACUCCUAUUUCUUUUUUGAUCAACUCUGUAAAGACAGUGUGACGCUCUUGCAUUCAAAGAUGGCUUCUAAUUGGAUCUUUAUUAUCUUUAUUGCCAUUUGUUGAUGAAUUUAAAUACAAAACUAUAGACGUUAACUUUUAUUGAAGUUGCCAGUGUUUUGGGAAACUGUCAAGAAAGCAGAAAUUUGACCACGAUUCACUGUUUAUUUGCCUUGCCUUGAAAAGAAAAAGAAUAGUAAAAAAUUUAGAUUAGCACCUUACAUUUGAGAUUAAUCAGUAAAAAUGUUACAUGCUUAGACUAGUCAGUUAUUCAAAUGUAUAACAAUAAUUUUGGUAAAGCAUUCUCCUAAUUAUUAUUUUUUAUCCUUGAAUCUGAAACAAAUAUCUCCGUUUUUAUUUAGUCCAAACCACACCAGAGCGUUGUUUUUGGGUUGGUUAGAGAAAUGACCUCCCUCGAUGAGUUUAAAAUCGAACAUGGACGCAGAGUUUACCACGCAAGGAUUAUUUCACCAACAUUGACACUCAGAUUAAGUUACAGAUGCUGAAAAUCAUGUAUAAAGCUAGCAAAACAUCUGUGACAUGUUUGAAAAGUCCCCUGAGAUUCGGUCUGCCGUGCACUCAUCCACAAGCCAUCAUCACCCACGUUAUCUGUUCUCUGGCUCAUGUGAAAAGUUAGCCAACGCUUCCGUGUGAGGGAUUAGUCAGGUUGCCUUGCAAAGUGUGAAGUAUGUAUUUGCAUAAAGAACUUGCUUAAUUGUACUCUCUAAAAUGCAAAAGGCAGGAUUCAGUAAGUGUCCACAUGUUUUACACUUAAUAGACAUGAAUGUAACUGGGCUGCUCAGGGCGGACUUGGAGCAUAUUGAAAAACUACUGGUCCAUCAAAACACUUCAAGUACAGGAUGAUGAUGACGAUGAUGAUGAUGAUGAUGAUGGACUCCAUGUACAGGAUGGUACUAUUUUAGUUUUAUUCAGGUGGGACUUGUAAACUUUUCUCCAUUAAAUGUGCACCACCCAUUUGCUAGUCGUGAUUACUUGAAAAGAAUAAUUGAGUUGAUCAAGUCCUAUUUAAAAGAAAAACCGAGUUUAUUAGUGAUUUUGAUGUAAUUCUUUAAGAUUUGUUUUGGUUUUUUUUAAACAUGAUGAAAAAAUGUUCACCUGGCUACCUGAGUUGAUUCAAAGCUCCAACCUUUAUGCUUUCUCAAGCAGUAAUAUGCUGUAAUUCAUUUAUUUGUGUUCUAAUUAACCCAGGUAGACUCUCAGAUGUGUAAAUAAAGUGACAGACAGUGGAGCGCAGAGUCAGUUUCUGUAGCCAGGUCACUUGCAACCACAGACGGUGCCUCUGUUGAUCCCUUUUCCCUGUGCACAGAGCAGGCUCAACACGGACCGAAUGGCAAAGCUAUGCUGUUGCAAUUUAUUGAGUACUUGAUGAAUUUAAGUCAAUAUUGUGAGAGAGAGAGAGAGAGAGAGAGAGAAAAUGCACUCCUUGAGUAUGGCUAAAGCUGUUGAGAAUGAAUGCUUGUCUUGUUUCAGUAGACGACUUGAGCUCAAAGUGAAUCGGCCCUGAUCCUGCAAAGAUGAAAUGAUCUGUUCUCCUCUGAUCCUCGUGCAUUUCCAUAACAUUGUCACAAUGCAAGAUACCAUGGCUGUACAAAUGAGUAAAGAAAAAAAAAGUCUAUCUAUAUAUAAGAAUAUAAACUAUUGUGUAUUUCAGGGAAUGCAAAAAAGAAAA